GUCUCGGGCUUUAACGCCGCGUUUCGGACUACUGUACAGUGACUUGAGGGUAAUUCUGAGUUUACCACAACUUUUAAGGAUAGCAGUUCUUCUAGUCCUUUCAAAGAUCCAGACACUUCUUGAUCCCAAGAAGAAAAGAAACCACAUUGUUUACACAGUAUCUUACUUUGGGCAUCAGCAUUUUGAUGUUGCGCUCCAGCAUGAGUCAAUCCGAAGUGUUCCGACCGUCCAAUGGCGAACUUUUUGCACGCCCAGGGCCUGUUGAUGAAGGAUACAUGGGCUCUCUUGACACCUUCCGAAAAAGGCCCUCAACUCAGGGAUCUACAGGGGGGUACAGAUUUGGACAACUUAGUCAGAACUCGUUCUUCACACGACACAACCCUCAUCCUCAUCGUGUGCGUCACAUAAAAGGUCUUCUAGAUGUACCAAUAUGUGCUGUAAAUGAUGAUGGAUACUUCUCCAAUCCCAAAUACUCUCUCCAGUUCCCUCCCAACGCCUUCAACAACAAACAGAUGAACAAAUGGAAGGGACAAAUCCCUGUCAACGCCAUCAAUGUCAACUCCAGAACCCACCCAAUUAACACCGUAACCGGACUGCAGUAUUUUACUGGACUAAACAGCUACCCAUUCCGUGAGAAGGCGGUGCCCAGAGUGGGAAUGGUUCCCGUCACAGAACAAUGGCGUGAUGAACUCCAACAUUUAACGAAAACUCUCGGACUUGACUUUGAAGAGGUGGUACCCAAGAAACCUCAAGCUCCUGGUGCUACGGAAAGACCCAGAACACAGUAUUCGGAAACAACAGGAAGAAUUAUUCCACCACCAUCACGCGCGAUGUCACGUGGUAGAACUGUUUCUAGACAAGGCGGAGAUAAAUAUUACGGAAACCUGCAACAUAUAGCUGCAGAACCAGACAUGGAAACCAUGAUACUUCAGAUGUUAAGUCAGAUUCUACAGACAGAAGACAUCAAUGCCAUUCAAGCCUGGCUUUGUUCCGCAGGGGAAAGAGAGAAAGGAGUCGUGAUGGACCUGAUAAGGUCGGCCAUCGGUUCCCAGAGCGAAUACUACCAAAGGGAUGUCAAACCAGAUUAUGUUGACGAUUCCAACAGGACAAAACUCCCUCCCAUAAAUGAAACGGGUCAGAUAAUCGGGGGAGGAAAUAAAUCAGACAGACUCACGAUCAGAGACCCCAUCGCUUCUCUUGAUCCUGAGAAUGCAAACAUGAACAUGUUCAGUGCUAUGCAGGGACUAGUGUUGAAUGAUCCUGGCGUUCCCGGAGAACCGAAUGAGAUGGAGAUGAGGAAGACUGAGGAAAAAAUCCCAUCUCCGCCUUUAAAAAAAGCUGAUGAUGGAUACCAAGUUAAGCCACCCGUCUCCAGCACAUUUAGAAAACAGCCAAGUCGACCCUCUACCCAAGCUGGUAGAACCGGAAACAGAAUAAACGUAGGAACAGAGGAUGAAAAGAAAAUGGAAGCCGCUCUUCGAUUUACAAAAUCUGCAGAUGGAAAACGUGAACCUGUAGCACAAGUGAAUGCACAAGAAGAUAACGUGAAUACAUUUUGAAAUAAAUGCAAUUCAUCUUGACUGAAGAACUUUAAAUUCUUGAAAAUGGUUUUGAAAGGUAUUUCAAAUUUUAGAUAUGGACUAUAUAAUACAAAUUCGAUGCAUGGUAUUUUAUGAUUGUAUCCUUUUCAAUAUACCUUCCUUGUGUUGCAUACUUUGAUAUGAUAUUUUGAUAUGUAUCGACAGGGGAUGCUUACUCCUUCUAGGUACCUGAUUCCACUUCUGGUAUAUCCGUGUUUCCCCUACUCUUAAUUUAUAAUUCUUUAUAGGAGUUAUGAGUUUGAUCACUGUUUGUUAUCUUCACCUUUUCUUUGUGUUAGCUGAAGUUGUCACAUUAUUAAAGCUUUAGAGGAGACCGCAAUGGAAUAUGAACAUUAUUACUUCAUUUAUCAAAUUCAAAUAUUUUUGCGUGAAGAUUACCAUAUUUUUACUUUAUUUUGUAAUACAUCAAUUCUAAAUUAUCAGAAUAUGUCUUUUAAACUGUUGGGAAGCUGUUUUAGAGAGCUACAUUAAAUUCUAAGUUCAUUUUUAUUGUCUGCGUGUUGUGUAAAAUUCAUUAUAUUUCUCGUAGUUGUAUCAAUCAUCCUCGAUUAGAUUACAUAAGUACCUGAUCCCAGCUCUGGCGUUUCCAGGGGACCGUUAUUCUCAAUUUAUGAACACACACACACACACACACACACACACACACACACACACACACACACACAUAUAUAUACAUUGAUCGUGUAGCGUGUGACGGCGUUCCAUUGUCAAUGAAAGCGGCUUGCCAAGAUGGUCAAGCGAUCCCUUCUUCGGGACGAUAGAAUAUUUACAUAGAAAUGAAUUCUAAAUAAAAAUGCCAACUACAUAACACUAAAUCUAAACUUCAAUAGUUGAUAACAAACAAAAGUCUACAUAUUGAAAUGAAUGAGUGUAAGAUGGUGCAACAAAAAGUCUGAUCGGUAAGAGCGUCAAGAAUCGUUCGUGUCGUUUGUUAUAUAUAUAUAUAUAUAUAUAUAUAUAUAUAUAUAUACAAUAUCCAGAUACAUUUCCUAUGUAAACUCCAAAACAAAUAUGCAUCGGACACUACAUCGCAUUGUUAAUUCUUAUCCAGGUUUUAAGCACGUGUGUGAUUGAUUCAGUUUGAUUUCGUCUGUGAUAUUUUGUUCAGUAUUUUUUUCCUUUAAUGUUUACUUUUUACGCUAAAUAAAUUGUAGAUAGAAUUUUCGUAGAACAGUUGUGCAUUCCAUUCGUUUAUUGCAAUCUGUAAUUGCUCAAAUGUUGAUUUUUAUUCUGAAAUAAACGUGCUGUGAUAUCAA